UCAUGUUCUUCCCACCUGACCUCUCCUUUUCUCCCGGAGGAAAGUCAUGACUUGAAUCUCGAUACCAACAACGGACGACAUCGUUCGACUAGCCAUCGCCAACACCGACAAUGCUCGACGAAAACCUUCCCGCCUUCUUUCUCAAGCCCUCCGCCACAAAGAUCCCUCACCACCGCGACAUUUACCUCUCUCACCACGGCAGCGAGCCCUCUCCUUUCUACGUGAUCCAAAAUUCCGACCCGACCUCGCAACUGCCCGCCCAUCGAAACGUCUACGCCGCUGCGCUCUUCGACGCCUACAACCCCAGCGUGCUCUUUGGAGAAGUCCUCGUUCGUCCAGCCUGGUCACAGCCUACACUCAACGCCGAGGAGAUCAGACGGAAUAAUGGCAUCACACCGCCGCCUGUGCCAUUAUUGCCGAAUGAGUUCGUCGUGCAGCUGUACAACCCGGAGCAACAGGUGAGGGUAGAGGUGAAGGAAGGGAAGUGGGGAGCGUCGGAUAGUUAUGAGUUUGCCAUGCCACAGACGAGCUUUCGGACACCUUCAGCCUCGAAUCUGGAUCGAGGACAGUCGGAUCCCGCGAGUUUGGCCAUCACGCCGAAAGUCAACUUUGUGUGGAGAAGGGAAGGGAAGCUGAGCAAAGAUUUGACGUGUUUCAUGACGGGCAAGAGUACGGAUACAGUCGCGGCCAAGAAGAGUAAACACCGCGACCCGGACAUUGCAAUUGCGUUGUGGAGGAGCAUGCGCGAGAUGACGAUCUACGAGUCGAACCUGGGGAGGGUGUUGGAGGACAUGGAGGAUCCGAAGGGUCUGGAGGUGGCGUUGCUACUUGGAGCAGUGGUGAUCAAGGACUUGUAUUUUGGAAUCAAAGGACAGAGCGAGAUGAAGGAGGUGUUCAACAUUUCUGAAUUGCCAGAGGAAAGGAAGCUGUCUGGCGGAGGCAGGAAAGUCGUCAGCCCGCCGAAGGCUGGAAUUGCUGCUCCGCCGCCACCUCCCAAAGCCGCCGCUCGACGAAAAAAGGAACGCGAAAAAGCCGACGAAGCCGAGCGGAAACGCUUGUUGAAAGUCGUGGAGGAAGAAGCGAAGCAAGCGAGGAAGAAGGCCGCGGAAGUAGAACGGGAGACAGAACGUCUGCGACGGCUUUAUGGCACGCAAGGACAGGCGAACAGCUCGCAGUUGAGGAUCCCGCAGCAGCAGCCGGUGGUGGAUCCGAGAUUGAGACGACCGGCUUCGGCGCAGGGCUCGUAUGGACAGGCAAGGCCGCCGUGGAGUGGGAGUGCGAGUUCGAGUGCGUUGGUCAUGAGUGGGGCGAAUGGAGUGGUCAUGAGUGGAGGUGGUGGACCGGGACAGAGACCGCCGGCGGUGAAGCCUAAGAAGAGCAGCUUCUUUGGGUUGAUGAGUGGGAAGUGA